AUGGGAAUCGAGGUUGGUUCACUUUUCCGAUUGACUUAUUUUUUGUUCUCUUCAUAUUUUUUUAUAAUUUCAAUAUAUUUUUCCGAAGUUUUUUUAAGUUAGUUCAGGGUCUUUAUUUAAAACUCAACUACGUAAAAAUUCAAUUUUUGACUUUUUAAUAACUCGUAGUAGAAACUUCCUAAAGAAAAUGAGCAUUUUUCCAAAUUUUAACUCAACUUUAUACUGAAAUCACUUCAAAACUUCCCAAAAAACAGGUCCCUUAAGGAUAUUCCCUGAAGUGGUCCCUUAAUGGUAUUAUUUUCCGUUCAUCUCGAUUUUCUACUGGAUGAAUAUGGAAAAAACCUCAUUUUCGGAAAAAAAAUGAAUUUUCAGAGAUAUCAAAAUAAACUUCAAACUUCUCCUUUUUCAACUGAUUCGUAAACUGCAAACAAUUAACUCCAUUUUGAGUAGUGAAAAUUCAUUUUGAAACGAGAAAAGGCCGACCCGAAUGCAUAUAGGUACCCCUCUGCGUAAGUCGCUGCGAGUCGGCCGCACCAAAAUAGCACCCUUUUUGCAUUUCCUUCUGUCAUCAGCUUUGCGCUGGGGCGAUAACGUGACCAAUGAGGCUCUGCCGAGGUGCGUUUAUUGCUGGUUGAAAACUUUUCCCAAUUGCCCGCGAUGGCCUCUGAAAUACGAGUGCCAUACGCAAUUUUUGAACGGCCUAAGAGGCCAGAAUGACGAAUUUAACAGCGUAGGACGCUCUGAGAAUACGGACGUUUCUCUUAACUGGGAAAAAGUUUUCGAAAUUCCCGAUUUCGAUAAGACAUUAUUAGUCAAAAAUUGAAAGAAAACUAAAAAAAAUGUUAAAUUGAAGAAAAUCUGCUCCGAUGAGAAAACUUGUUUAAUUUCCAGUAUUUUUCCACCUCUGAGGUCUAUUUUUGAACAGAGAGAACUAGAAAAACCGAAAAUCACUAAAAUGGCAACUUCAAUCCUUUUCCGAUGACUUAAGGAACCUUAGGUCAUCUCAAAUGACCACUUGCUUAUCAAUGGAGCAACCUUUGCAGUGGUACCGGGAACAGUUCGAUCAGCUGACGUCAUCAUCCGGCGUUGUUCCUUCGGCGCCGUGUCUCGAGGAGGAUGAUGACGUCAUCAAGACCCCUCCAGUGCCUCCUCGGAAGGUCCAUGAAAGUCCGAAAAGCCGCGCACCCCCCUCUCCACUGCCACGAGCUGAAUCUCGAGCCCAAGUCCCAAUAUCCCCUCCAAAACCGACUGAAAGGACAUUGAAGCCUCCGUUAUUACCUCCAAAACCAACCAAAACUACCUUGAUACCUCCAAUUUUACCUCCAAAACCGAGAUCUUUGUGUAUUGAACGAUUGUAAAUAUUUUCAAUUAAUAAAAGUUUUGAUUUCGAACCGAUGACUUGAGUACCGAGUGGCACCCAAAAAUUUAUAAAAACUAUUUUUCAGGUUUUUUUCUGACUUGACAAAAUAUGGAGUCAAAAAGCUGAAAAAAGAGAAAAUUAUUUAAAACUUGAAUAACUUUAGUUUGCCACCCGUAUCAUCUUCGGCUUAAAAGAAUAACUUUUAGAAAUAUAUUUAGGAGAUUAGGAACUCCAGAGUGGCCCCUAUAGGGGCAACCUUAGGGCCCGCGGAGAGACCCCUCUAGGGACCCCUUUAAUAACCCUUAUAGGGUUCACUAAAACUUGAAAAAGUGGUCCCUAGAGAAGACAAAUUGAACGACCCCUAUAGGGACCACUUAAGCUUUAGGGGCUAAUGGGUCAGACCCUAAACCCCUAUAACCCCUAUAUACCACCUUGAUUUCACCCUAUAGGGACCACUUCUUCGAGCCCUAUAGGGGCUGUUCUCCCCCCUAACCUCUAUAGAGACCACUCAAAGGUUCCUAAGAUUGUCAUUUCUACCGGGAAAACUGGAAUUUCAAACAUUAAAUGGGGCCACUGAAGCUUGAAAAAGUGAUCCCUAUAUGGGACAUAUUGUUCAACCCCUGGAGGGACCACUUGAGCUUUGGGGGCAAAGAGGUCAUACCCUAAACUUCUAUAGGGACUACCUUGAUUCUACCCCUAUAGGAACCCCUUUUUCGUUUCCUACAGGGGUUUUUUCCCCCUAACCCCUAUAGGGACCACUCUAAGGUUCCUAAGAUCGUCAUUUCUACCGGGAAAUCUGGAUUUUCAACUUUUUUCUCUCGUUUUUUGAAAUUUCAAAUCACGAGUUCCGCAACUUGAAAAAGUCAUCUUGAUAAUCGAUUAUUUCUCAACUCUCUGAUAUCAAUUUCAUCUUAUCAUCUCAACUUUUCAUUCGUCUCCGUUUUGACUCAUUUGCCGCGAUUUUGCGCACGUCUUGCGUUCUAAUUUGAUUAAUAACACAUUUUUAGGAAAAAUGGGCGUACCCGGAACCGCUCCCACGGCUUACGAUUUGCCGCCUCCUUACGGUUAGUUUAAAAUUGAGUUUUUUUCUUGGUUUUCGCAAUAUUUUCUAUCGGUUCUUUCUGAAAUUGAACGUUCUGAUUUGACGCGUGCGGUCGCGUAGCGGUUUCCUUCGUAAACUCAAGUUUACACGGUUACUUGGUCUCAAGCUUAUUCAUCGAGUAUUUCAUGAUUUUUGAACCCUUAUUUCUCGUAAUCAAAGCAGUAUCGAGAGAUUUGUUGACCAUUCUCUUCAAAAAAUACAGAAAUUUCCUUGAGCUUGCAUAGAGAGAUCAAAUUUAAACCAAAAUAAUGUUUUUUCAAGGCUUAUAGUCAUUUCUGUGUCAAAAUUGGCUUCCAAAUUUUUUAGAGAUUUCAAAUCUUUUUGGUGAAACAGUACAAUGUCGAAAGUAGUUCACAUUAUAGUCUGUGUGCCACGACUUGAAAUUUCACGGAACGACAUUCCGCUGUUCCGCUGCGUGCGUUCGCAGAGCGUCUUUCGAAUCUCGGUCGCGCUUUUAAUUGAAUUUUAUUGCUGUGGGAGCACAUGAAAGUAGAGUACCUUAAUAAAAAAAAGCGCCACCAAGGUUUGCAAAGGCGCGCAGCGGCACAGCGGAAUGUCGUUUGGUGAAAUUCCAAGUCGUGGUUCACAGACUAUACGGGAUAUUUUUCUGUUUUGACGCGUGCGGUCGCGUAGCGGUUUCCUUCGUAAAUUCAGGUUUUCAUGGUUGCUUGUCCUCAAGCUUAUUUAUAGAGUAUAUCGCGGUCUUUUAACCCUUAUUUCUCAUAAUCAAAGCAGUACGAGUUUUGUUGAACUUUUCAAAAAUUACAAAAUUAACCUUAUGUUUGCACAGAGAGAUCGAAUUUGAACUAAAAAUGAAGUUUUUGCAACACUUAUAGUCAUUUCUGUGUGAGAAUAGGCUUCUAAACUUUCGAAAAUUUCCGAAAAUCCUCCCCAUUAACAUCAAAAUUUGACUAGGGAACUAUUUUUAUCACGCUGAUUCCAAAUCUGGUCUCAAAAACUGCCCUCGAGGCCUGUGGGAAAAGUUAGGGGCCCUCAAAAGUUGUGUCUCCGAUUGAGCUAGUUUUUGGAUGGUAUAGCCUGUUCAGAUGUCAAGUUCUCGCUCAAGCUCCGCCCCUAAUGGUACGAUAAACCGAUCAGAGAGCGAGCCGUUCACAGAGUGUUUUCGAAUGACGUCAUUGCACCUAAAAAUCUGAACAGACUAUAUAUAGUCCUUGUUCCCUUUGUCACAAAUGAGUUCAUAUAAGUUUAAAAAAACGUUUUCGGUUGAUUUUUCCAUUUGAAGUGUUCUUUCUACGCAAAAACCUUGAAUUUUCCAACUUUAAGGCCUAAAACUUUUCACAGCCGCACGUGGAACAGCUACGAAAAUCCUUACUUUCCGAGAUGUUUGAUCCAAUUUCAAUUUGAAUAUAGCUUAUUCACGGCUGGCUUGAGCCAUUGAAAAAAGGGUAGGAGACAGUGACUGGUUAGUGGAGAGCGCAGACAGGCCACGCCCCAUUAAGCGUCUCAAGCUAGCCGUGAAUCGACUAUAGUAUAAAUUUUCUAUUUCACGAGAGGUUUUUUACAGAAGAGGUCCAAUCACAACCCAGUUUUAACCCUCAGCCUCCGCCUCAGCCUCGGCCUCAGCCUCAGCCCCAGCCUCAGCCUCAGCCUCAGCCUCCGCCUCAGCCUCAAGCUCAACCUCAACCUCAACCUCAGCGUCCAGCUCAAGCUCAAGCUCAACCCCCACCCCCGGGCUUCGUCCAGCCGCCCGGUCAAAACCAAAACAACUACCGCGUUUAUGUCAUACCCCAACAAACUCAACCUACCGAAGUUCGCAGAACUAUCUACGUUCAAUCGAGUGCAAGUGAGUUUUGAGAACAUUUUUUCAAGUAUUUUUACACUAAAAAUUCUCCAAAAAAUCAGAAUUUGGCCUUUUAAAGUACCAAAAUUUUCAAAUAACACUUUUUUUUACACCAAAAAUUCUACAAAAAUCCGAAAAUUGGCUUUUUUAAAGUACUAAAAGUUUGAUAUAACACUUUUUUUACACCCAAAACUCUCAAAAAGUCGAAAUUUGGCCUUUUUGAAAGACCAAAAGUUUCAAAUAACACUUUUUUUACACCAAAAAAAUUCUACAAAAAAAUCCAAAAAAAUUGGCUUUUUUUAAAGUACUAAAAAGUUUGAUGUAACACUUUUUUACACCCAAAACUCUCAAAAAGUCGAAAAUUUGGCCUUUUGAAAGACCAAAAGUUUCAAAUAACACUUUUUUUUUACACCAAAAAUUCUACAAAAAUCCGAAAAUUGGCUUUUUUAAAGUACUAAAAGUUUGAUAUAACACUUUUUUUACACCCAAAACUCUUGAAAAGUUAAUUUUUGGCCUUUUUAAGGUUCCGAAACCUUGAAGAUAUACUGUUUUACACCCAAAGCUCUCAAAAAAACCCAGAAAUUGGCCCAAGUUCCAAAAAUCCGUUAACGUCAUAAAAUCAACCAUUUUUACACCGUUCUUUUAUCACAGAAAAAUGAAAUCUGCAUUAAUCAUCCGCUUAAAGGCAUAGGGGCUGUAAAAACGGUGUUUCAGUUCAAAACAGUAUUUUGUAGAGAUUUUGAUUGUGAAUCCAAAGGUUAACUUGAAAACGUACAGAACUUCUUAGUUUUGGAGAAAAACUAAUUCAAAGUCGGAAAUAGGAAAGUUCCCGCCAAUAAGGCGUUUUGCAGUAAAGUUGCUCUAUGGACAACACUUUUUUCUCCAAAAGUAGUCAAAUUUGUAUUUUUUUGAGUACACCGUUCGAUUCGCAAUAAAAAAAACUCUACAAAGUACUGCUUUGAAUUGCAAACCGUUUUUUACUGCCCCUAUGCCUUUCAAUUUUCGAAAAAUCCAUUAUUUUCAGAUCAACGAGCCCAACUUGCCCAAACACGACGGAGAAGGCAGAUUAUGCUCGGAUGUUUUCUAUUGCUUCUAA